AUGUCUCGCCAGGCCAUGUGGCUCGAGGCCAUUGAGAAACGCAUCUCGGCCACUUCGGCCAUGCUUUCGUCCAUGAAAGGAGUCAAGAUGUGUGGCCUCAAGGACACCCUCCUUGCAGGAUUGCAGCAACUGCGUGUAGACGAGCUGCGGAUUUCCAAGAAGUUUCGAAAGUUGCUCAUCUGGAACAUGGUUUUCGCCUACGUAACGCAGGUGUUUGCCCCCGUCUUGACCUUUGCCGUCUUUUCGGUCCGUGCUCGUGACAGCGGAGAUGCAACCCUGGAUACGGCACGCGUCUUCACGGCCCUGUCGUUGUUUGCCCUGCUCUCGGAACCCCUGGCCUCCCUCGUCAUGGCACUCGCUGCUUAUUUGGGGGCCGUCGGCAGCUUCGUCCGGAUCCAGCAAUUCCUUGAGUCAGAGGAGCGCGCAGUUACGCCCAAGCCUGAUGAGCUGACCGAAAAGCCCAAGAUUAACGAGUUGUCGCCUGAUGCCAUCGCCGUUCAAGGGGGCAGCUUCGGGUGGGAUGCUGAGAAGGAACCCAUCCUGAAGAACAUCAAUCUCUCCAUUCCCUGGCACAAGUUGACCAUGAUCGUCGGGCCAGUGGGCUGUGGCAAGUCUACUCUAUUACAGUCGCUCCUCGGAGAGGUUCCUGCCCUGGCAGGCUCGGUGCGACUCGGGUCAACCAGCAUUGGCUAUUGCUCCCAGGACCCCUGGCAUAUGAAUGGCACUGUCAAAGAGGCCAUUAUAGGCUGCGAGGAGUACGACUCGACCUGGUAUACGAGGCUGCACCCUGGAACCUUGACACAACAACUAACCUGCCCCAAGGCGCUCGCUCGGGCGGUAUAUUCUAGAAGAAAGAUCGUCAUCAUGGAUGAUGUGCUCGGUGGGCUUGACAACACAACCGAGCACCACGUCUUUCAUAGCCUUCUUGGCCACAACGGACUGCUCCGUCAGAUGAAUGCGACGGUGGUCAUUGUCUCCUCAUCAGUCAAACGGCUCCCAUUCUCCGACCACAUUGUCUGCAUCAGUCCAAACGGGGAGAUCAACUCACAGGGCACAUUCACCGACCUCAAUGCUGCUGGGGGUUAUGUGUCCUCAUUCUCCCUACCUCGCCCUGACUGGACAUAUACCCCCGAGAGUGACGAUCAGAUACUCCCUGCUGAACUUGUCAAGGUUCAAGAUGAUAUUGCCAUAGCCGAACGCAAAGACUCGGCCUCUACCGCUUCGCUGUCGUCGGGGGAUACCGCAUGCCCUGCCACAGCUGAAGAGGGAAUGAACCGACGGACUGGCGACGUGCAAAUCUACAUGUACUACAUCAAGUCGGUUGGCUGGUGGGCGAGUCUGAUCUUUGGGCUCGCCGUCAUUGGCUUUGUCUUUUGCCUCUCGUUUCCGACGAUAUGGGUGCAAUGGUGGGCUGCGUACAAUGAGUCGGACCCCAACGGAAACUUGGGGUACUGGCUCGGCAUCUAUGCUGGGCUUGGAGGCAUCGCCAUCGUCUGUUUGUUCAUCAGCUGCUGGCAAAUGAUCAUAACUAUGGUGCCCUUGUCUGGGGAGAAGUUUCACCUUGCCUUGCUCAAGACGGUCCUCAGCGCGCCCAUGUCGUUCUUCGUCAAGACAGAUUCGGGUGUGACCCUGAACCGCUUCAGUCAAGAUCUGCAAUUGAUUGACAUGGAGCUACCCACGGCGGCCCUUAACACCUUUGCCACAUUUGUUCUAUGUAUUGCCCAGAUGGCGCUCAUCGGCUACGGAUCCGUCUACGCGGCCAUCUCGUUUCCCAUCGUCUUGAUCUCAUUAUACCUUAUCCAGAAGGUAUAUCUUCGCACCUCGCGACAGUUGCGGUUCAUGGACAUCGAGACCAAGGCACCGCUCUACUCGCUCUUCGAGGAGUCACUCAGCGGCAUUGCCACAAUCCGCGCUUUUGGAUGGCAGGACAAGCUGAACGACAGGAACCACCAGCUCCUCGAUCGCUCGCAGAGGCCCUUCUACUUGCUCUUUGCCGUCCAGCGCUGGCUCACGCUUGUCUUGGAUCUAGUCGUUGCAGCUGUCGCCGUGCUUCUGAUGGUACUCGUUGUCGCCCUCCGUGGUACCAUGGCCGCCGGGGGGGUCGGACUCGCGCUGCUCAACGUGAUCCAGUUCAGCCAGAACAUCAAGCUACUGGUGACCUUUUGGACCAAUCUCGAGACGCACAUUGGUUCGGUGGCCCGUAUCAGGAGCUUCACGGAGACGGCAGUGCCAGAGGACCAACCGGAGGAGAACCAAGAUCCUCCGCCAGGCUGGCCAUCGGCUGGUGCUAUCGAAUUUGACAAUCUGUCCGCGGCUUAUACCCGUGAUGACCUCGUGUUGAAACAGGUAUCCCUAUCAAUCAAAGCCGGGGAGAAGAUUGGCGUUUGUGGGAGAACCGGAAGCGGCAAAACAUCCCUCAUCAUGACCCUAUUCCGCCUCGUGGAUAUGGAAGGCGGGUCGAUCCGCGUAGACGGGGUGGACAUUGCUACACUGCCGAGACAAGAGGUUCGCAGCAAGAUCGUCGCAGUGCCACAGCAUCCGUUCCUCCUCAAGGGUUCCGUUCGUUUGAAUGCGGACCCGAUGAGCCAGGCAUCGGACGAGGACAUCGUGGCAGCUCUUCAGUGUGUACAGGUGAUGGAGGCCGUUGAAAAGAAUGGCGGCCUGGACGCUGAUGUUGACGAUUUGAACCUCUCGGUUGGACAAAAACAGCUGUUUUGCCUGGCUCGAGCCAUGUUGCGCCCCAGCACCAUCCUCAUUCUAGAUGAGGCCACCAGCAGAAUCGAGACUAUCAUGGACUUUGACAAGGUUGCCGUUCUAGAUGCAGGCAGGCUUGUCGAGUUUGACAAUCCGUACAGUCUUCUGGAGGUAGACAGCGCUAUUAAGCCUGUCAUGAGCUAUGGCGAUCCCUGGCUUUCCGCCCCCAAUGUCCGUCAAAAUGGAACUCCUGGGCGCACCAUUGAUUUCGCUAGCGCCCUUGGCGAGUCGAAACCGUACUUUUCGCCAAUCGCAUCUUCAGGCUGCGAUGGUCAGGCGUCCUGA